ACACCCUCACCCACGUAGUAGAAGAAGAUCUUCAACGCGUGCGUGCACUGCAGCAAACACGUUGUCUAACAUCUGAGCGCUGUGUUUGAAGAUAAUUACAAACCAAAUCAGUAUUUUACUCUUACUAAAAUGACCAAGGUAAAGAAAGAGAAGGCCGUCGCCGAGGAGGAGACCGGGGUACCUGAAAAAUCUUAUCAAGAGUUGAUUGCUAAUGUCAACCCAAUUGCUCAACCUCUGGCCUCAAAAAAACUUAGCAAGAAGCUUUACAAGUGCGUCAAAAAAGCAUCAAAACUGAAGCAAAUACGGCGGGGAGUGAAAGAAGUCCAGAAGUUUAUAAACAAAGGAGAAAAGGGGAUUGUGGUGUUGGCUGGCGACACCUUGCCUAUUGAUGUAUACUGCCACCUACCAGUCAUGUGUGAAGACAGGAGUUUACCAUAUGCCUACAUUCCUUCGAAAGUGGAUCUUGGCUCCUCUGCAGGAUCAAAACGACCAACGUGUGUCAUCAUGAUCAAACCACACGACGACUAUAAAGAAUCCUAUGAUGAAUGUGUGGAGGAGGUGUCUGCGCUACCCAAACCUUGCUGAGGUCCUCUAUGUGUGUCAGGACAUGGACUGCUGAUAUGGGCCUUGAUAACACAUCUAGGCCCUUCCACUUCACUCUCCCUCUUGUCUUGAGACAUGGCUUUACGUGGACAUUGUCACAAGUGAUUUCUGUUUCUUUUUUUAUUUUUAUUGUCCUUUUUUAACACCCCAGAUUUGUAACACAGGCCUUUGGAGCUCUGUUUUGUUUUACAAGGACUGCUCUUUGUUUAAAACAUUUUGAUGUCCAUGUGAAUGUUUUCCCCAUGGUAGUGGAACCUCAUUUACAGUUGAAAAAGAUUUGUUUGAAUAAUGGUCAAAACUGGAUUUUGAAAUGUGCCUUUAGUUAAUCUUAUUGCCCAUCGUAAAUAAGUGUGAACUGGUAAAGGUAAUCUGAUAAGUAAGGAAAGGAGUUCAUUUAAUUAUGCAUUUUGUCUUUGUAGAUUUCAAAAUAAAUAUAAAAAGAAAAUUUUACAGUGA